UUCGAAUUGAUUGCCAGCGCGGCGGGAAGCUUUGAAUCGAAUUUGGCUCCAAGAAAGAACAGACCUCGUGCGCGUUAAGACCUCCCUCGCAUUUGCCCCUGAUUCUUCCAUCAUUCGAUCCACACGCGCGCGCGCGCGCUCGAUCCUUGCCGCUCGCUCGGCGAUCAGCAGGGCCAGUGCGAGACCGUCUCGAGUUGAUGACUUCGAGGCCCAAGAUUGCGGCCCCCUUCACUUGUCUGCAUCGUGUCCUAACAUCGUUGCCCCUGACAGUCCGCCCUGACUUAACCGAGCGGAUCCCAAAAUGGAUGCUCGGGUCUAUUUCAGGCCAUCUCUGCCAGGAUGUUUAUAUAACAGCGUGCAAGGUCAUCCAUCCAUCAUCCGCCGGCGACGAACAGGCGCGGACGCUAUGAGCUCGGUAGU